GUUGUCGACGUGUGAUCCGUAGCAGUUGUUAAAGCUGGGGGAGUAACCAUAGCAGAGUUAACACUGUGAGCGGAAGGUUGAGAUUUCUCACACGCAACGUCUAUGUUACACUCAGACAUACAUGUAUCUGACGAAGUAUGAUGCGUAGCAGUCUUUAAAGCUGGGGUAUUAGCGAUAGCAGAGUUAGCACAGUGAGUGGAAGACUGAGAUUUCUCACUCGCGACGAUUCUGCAAUUCGAGCGAAGAUUUUUAACUUCGGUAGUGAGCACAUUGAUCGACUCCGCAAGCCCAUCGGUGCACAGUUUACUCGGCUUCGAGGGAUUCCGUUUUGCUAAUAAGCCGUUUAUUGUCAUCCGCUAAUGCAUUGACUAUAGCAAAAACACGAACAUUCUCAGCUCUAAAGGCCGGUCCACAUCAAGAAUGAUAGAAUGCAAGAUUGCGCCAAUCGAGCUGAGAGCAACUGGCCGUGACGUCAAGAAAUACCAGAAUGAGAGAGCAAAGACGAAUUCAAUAAGAAAAAGAAGAAGAAUCGAACAGCUGGGGCGAAAUUGAAAGCAAGCGGCUCAUCUGGAUGAAAUGAAAAGGCUGUUAGAUGUAAUGCAGCAACGUGCUCCCGAUGUUGAACAUCAGUUCAAAGAAAAGUCAAAUGAGUUGGAAAUGGCGCAGCUUAUCAUACGCCAGUUGUCGGAUAAGGCCAAUGUAAACCAAGGCCGCAAUCGGAUAGAGACCUCGACGCAGACGCAAUUUAUGUACGAGCAACAUAUUAGAAACUUACAAGCUAUGGUGCAACAAUUGACGUAUGAAAGGAAUUUAUGAUGGUCACAAAUAUAUUGGCAAAAACAUAGUAAGUGCAUAUGCAAGUUGGAAAAAUUGACAAUGCUGGCUAAAAAUAAGAGUCUUUUUAAUGAUCGACCGCAAUAGAUUCAAGAAUUGACUUACAUCAUGGUGUAUGCGUUACAAUCUAAAUUAGCCAGCAUGAGCACCGACUUCAAACAGAUACUAGAAGUGCGUAUAAAAAAUCUCAACCAACAAAAAGCGCGUCGGGAUCAAUUCGGGCAGUCGCCAAUUGCUGCUAGCACUGUUCGCUCGAGUACAGCGAAACAGGGCUCCUUGCUGUUAAGCGAAGAGAAUACGGCCGUAAGCAUUGACAUGGCCGCAAGUGAUACAACACCAUUGCUGGGUGCAGUCGGAGGUUGUGGAAUACAGACGCAGCAGCAGAUUGCAUUAUAUGAUGACUCCGAUAGUUACGUGCAACAGCGGGCUGAGACUAUGCAGAACAUUGAAUCGACUAUUGUCGAGCUAGGCGGUAUAUUUCAACAAUCAGCACAUAUGGUUAAGGAGCAAGAGGAGACUGUGGAGCGUAUCGAUACAAGCAUACAAAUAUUGAAGUACUUCCAAACUGAUGAUAAAAAUCUUCGCAGUACUGAUAUUCAUUUUUCAUAUUCUUCGUAGUUUUCCUUAUAUAAUAACGAAUAUGUUUGUGACACGGCAAGAUUUUAACAAGUUCAGAUGCGCGGUCUUAAAGUUGUGGGUUUUUAAAUACAUAAAUAUAUAAUAUCCUAUUCAUAUACAUACAUAUAAAAAACACUAAUGUAAUAAUGAAAUUAAGUCUUAUAUGCCACGUGAAACACGAUAGCUUUUAGAAGCAGUCACGUAGGAUUAGACACUAAUUCUGCCAAUAAUAAAAUUACUUCACUUAGUUUCACUUUUUUUCAAAAUUUUCUAUAAAAAGUAGAGAUGAUCCUGUAUAAUAAAACGAGAACCGAUUUAUGUAAUCAUAAAUAUAUAAAGAAAAGUUUAAAACUAAAUAAAAUAGAAAUUGUUAUUGGCAAUAAGUACA